CAUCUCUCUCUCUCUCUCUCUCUCUCUCUCUCCAUAUUUGCUUUUCCUUUAACCCUUUUCUCAAUAGCCUCAAAAACCAUUGAUUUUUACAUCAACCAAAAAUGUAUGCUCGAGAAAAACUAAGUAGAGAUCAAAGCCAAAAAUCAAGAAGAAGAGACAACAAAACUCAGCCGUCAUUUUCCUCCACUCUCCUCGACGAAAUCUACCGUUCAAUCGACGGAAAUGCCGACGAAAUCAACGGCUACAAUUCAACCGGGAGCUUUCGAAGAACAACAUGCUUCGUCGAAAAAUGGAUGGAAAAAGAGAGGAAAAGACAUCAAGAAACCGACGCUAAACCGGCUAAUAAACCGGUCCAUGACGACGUCGUAUUCUUCAGCUCCACGUCAUCGUCUUCCGACAGCUCCGGCACGCUCUCCUCCUCCGACACCGAGUUUUUCGGCUCCAGGCCAAAACCGGUCCGGACCGGAAUGCGGUCUGAUACGGGCCGGUUCAAGUUCGAUGAUGUUCAGACCGGACCGGCCGAGGCCGAUUUGAUCAAGUCGAAAUCGAGGGCGCUGAGGAUGUACGCUAAUUUGAAGAAGGAGAGGCAGCCGAUUUCUCCCGGUGGGAGGCUCACUAGCUUUAUUAAUUCGUUUUUUAGCAAUGCCAAUGGGAAGAAAUCGAGGAAUCUCGAAUCUCAGGUCGAUGAGAGGAAGUGCUCGUCGGCCUCGUCGUUCUCGAGGGCGUUCUUGAACAAGUAUUCGCCUCGGGUGAAGGAGAAGGCCAGGGAGGAGGAGCGGAGGACGGUGAGAAAAAUUGAACCCGAAGAUUUAUUGCCACGUGGGCACAAGGGUGGGUAUAGUGGGGACUCGGGCCGGUUGGGGCGGCCCCCGCUGCCCAAGGCCGGGUUGAACAAGAAGGUUGAGAUCGUCGCGCAAAAACAAAAUAGUAAAAGGGGUGGUGUUUUUCGUAAUGUGGAGGAGUACGACGAUGAAGAGGACUGUUUCAGUGACAAAAGCUCGGAUUUGUUUGAGCUCGACCACCUAGCUUUUUUCGGGAGCAAUAGGUAUAGCGAGGAGCUACCGGUGUAUGAGACGACUCGUUUCGAUAAGAAUUGCGCUAUUGCUAGUCGUUUGCUUCGGUGAUUAGGGAUGAAUAAGAUUUGUUGAUGUUUUUUUUUUAAAUUUUUUUUUUAAUCUUAGGAGUUAGGACUUAGAUUGUACAUUGUCUUUUUAACUUAUGCUUUUUGAUCAUACCAUAUUGAAGAUGUUACUAUAUGUUACUUUUCGAUUUAUGGAAUUUGAUGAUGUAA